GAUAUAUCCACCGCUUACAACGAAAAUGACUGGUUUUGAGGAGAAGAUUGAGAAGGCGGUCCAGGAGGGCGUGUCACCAGGACUGGUGCUGAUUGCGGGAGACAAGACGGGCAAACUCGACUACCGCAAGACGUUUGGCAACACCAGUCUAGAUGGCGCCGGCGACGACCAACAACACCAACCGCAGCCCAUGUCGGCCAAAGACAGCGUCUUCACCUGGAUGUCGCUGACCAAGCUCGUCACCGCAGUGGCGAUCCUGCAGCUCGUCGAGCAGGGCAAGCUCUCGCUGGACGCCGACGUGGCCGACCAGCUGCCCGAGCUGGCGGCGCAGCCCGUCAUCGCCGGCAGCGACGACAGCCUGGCGCCCCGGCGCGGCGCCCUGACGCUCCGGCACCUGCUGGCCCACGCCUCGGGCCUGCAGUACCCCUUCAUCCCCGGCGCGCUGGCCGCGUACUACGAGCGACAGGCGGCCCGGCCGGGCGGCGAGGGCUUCGACGUGGCCAAGCGCCGCGCCAGGGUGCAGGAGCGCUUCGGCGUGCCGCUGGUGUUUGAGCCGGGCGAGGGCUGGUGCUACGGGCCGGGGCUCGACUGGGCCGGCCUGCUGCUCGAGCGGACCGUCGGGGAGUCGCUGGAUGCGUACGUGAAGCGGGCCGUGUGGGCGCCGCUGGGCGUCGACGAGCGCGACGCGCCUAGCUACUUUCCCAGACCCGGCAGCGACAGCGACGUGGCCACGAGCGCCCGCGGGCCCGACGGCAGGAUGGUCGCGGUGCCGGACCUGCCGGCGCCGCCGGCAGCCGAGGCGGCGUUUGGCGGCGAGGGCAUGCGCGGCUCCAUGGACACGUUUGCGAGGCUGCUGCGGUCGCUGGCGCGGGACGACGGCGUCCUCCUCCGGCCCGAGACGGCCGCGCUGCUGUUCGAGCCGCAGCUGAGCGGCCGGUGGCCCGCGAGCAAGACGGCGCUGCGCGACCUGCUCGCCGGCGCCGACUGGCUGAGCGGCGUGGCGCCGCCGCAGGGCGACGAGUACGAUUGGGGCCUGGGCGGGCUCCUGGUCCAUGGCGACAGUCACCCGUACAGGCGGCCGGGUUGCCUGAUGUGGAGCGGCAUGUUCAACUCGAGCUGGUUUAUCGAUCGGGAAGCGGGUGUCUAUGGUGUCUUUGGGACGCAAUGUCUGCCGCCGGGUGAUUCUCCCAUACGCAAUCUCACAGAGGCCUUCCAGGAGGAGGUUUACAGAAGGGCAGGCAAAUUGAACAAGUCCCCAAGUUCACUAUAG